AUGCCGGUGCCGCACGCGGAGAAGGCUGUUGGGCGCGGCCCGACGGGGGCUGCCGGACGCCCAGGGAAAAACUUGCCAACGAACAGAGAACGCGUACAGAACCUCUAUAGUGAUGCCACGGUGCUGCAUGAGGAGAUGAGCAGUAGCCAGAAAGGCCUGAAGCCAGAGAAAGUCAAGAAUCCCCUUCAAACCGUGAAGGAUCUGACGAAAGACCUUGUGCUGUUGCCCCUGAACGAUUGGCAGCAUGAGCUGAGGGAGCUCCGCCAGGAGCUCUCCCAGGGGAUUCAGGCUGUCAAAGCCGCUCUCACCGAGCCACCAGCGAGGCAAAGCAUUAGGUCGUUUGCUGAAUCCGCAGCUAGGGCACCUGCACCAGCCCACCAGCUCUCACGAACAGGCUCUGCAUCCAGCUCCCCUGCGCGCCCGGACAGUUCACGUGACCACGAGGUUGUGAUAUGCCUCAAUGACAGAUCUCAGGUGGCCGAGUAUCGCAGAAAGACCUCCGCGGAGAUUGUGACGCAGGCAAACCAGGUCAGAGCGAAGCAUGCGAGGUCCACGGGCACGCCGACCCUCUCCUCGGUGAUGGUACAGGCAGCUCGCCAGUUGAAAUCGGGUGAUAUCCGGCUCACCGUGCGAGAUGCGAAAGAGGCAGAGCUAAUGCGGGUCCAUCGGGAGAAAUGGGUGAAAGUCUUUGGCCGUACGGCGUUUGUGCAUCGGCCAACCUGGGGAGUGAUCGUGCACGGCAUGCAGGUCAAGUCACUGGUGGAUAAGCCCUCGGUGGAGGCAUUGCGGAACGUCCAGGCGAGUAAGGGUGAAGCCAUUGUUGCUUAA